AUGCGCAUCUCCGCCCUCGCCAUCCUCUUCUGCACAUUCGCGGCGACACUCGCCAGCCCCGUUUCGUCCUCCAACGACCUCGCCUCAAUCUCCAAACGCUGCUGCAUCCUCUGUGACAAUCUCUACGCCCGCUGCGGCUCCAACGACAAGCGCGAAGCCGUCGAAACCGAAGAAGAAGCCCUCUUCGGACCCACCAAGCGCUGUUGCCUCAACUGUGACAAUCCGAACGUGCGAUACAAGCGUGACGAGACGCUGGCGCAGUGGCCCAGUAAACGCUGCUGCAUCCUCUGCGAUAACUCCUAUGCCCGGUGCGGUUCGAAUGACAAGCGGGAUGUUGUUGAGUCCCUUGAGGAUGCAGUGGUCUCUUGUGAGGAUAGUCUGAGCUUGUAG